GUUGGUUUGCCUUGCUGCAACACCGCCUGAGGGAGACCUUUACAUCAGACGAAACGGCAAUGAUUAUACAUCUGUUGUUGUGUUCUUUCUUUCUUUCUUUUCUUUCUCCAACUCUUUAAGUCCCCUUGAACGACGUGACAGUCUCCUAAAGCAGAAGUUCAGCUGAAUUCCUACUUUGAAGGGAAGGAAAAUGAACCCAAAACGCUAAUGGUUGUCAAUAGCCAGAAGAGGGAGAAGAACAUCACGGUUUCGCCUUUAAAAGAGAGAGAGGGGGGAAAAAAGCUCUUUAGCUUGGCUUGAGCUAAUUGGAGCCAUAAUCCUCAUCCCCAAAGGCGACUCAGCAGCCUGGAGCGAGACAUUUCUUCUUCUUCUUCUUCUUCUUUCCCCCCCUUUUUUCCCGAGCUCUGCUGUUAUUUGUUAUUUAGCCUAGCAGACGAGUUAUUGGCUUGCUUCCUCGUAUAAGCGAGCCGGACAUUUCUAUAUAUAUAUAUAUAUUUAUAUUUUUCCCCCCUUGUAUCUGAAAAUACAAAACGCUGGACGACGGAACGAUAAAGUUACCUGGACACCAGAAGACGUAUUUAAAAAACGGAGCUUUCUCUUUCAAGGAAGGAAGAAGCAUGUCGCGCUUGUCUCUGACCCGCUCGCCGGUCUCUCCCCUGGCAGCGCAGGGCAUCCCGCUGCCCGCCCAGCUCACCAAAGCCAACGCUCCCGUGCACAUCGAUGUGGGGGGGCACAUGUACACGAGCAGCCUGGCCACGCUCACCAAGUACCCUGACUCCAGGAUCAGUCGUCUCUUUAACGGCACCGAGCCCAUCGUGCUGGACAGUCUGAAGCAGCACUAUUUCAUCGACAGGGACGGAGAGAUUUUCCGUUACAUCCUCAGCUUCCUCAGGACCUGCAAGCUGCUGCUGCCUGAAGACUUCAAGGACUUUAACCUGCUAUACGAGGAGGCGCGGUAUUACCAGCUCACCCCCAUGCUGAAGGAGCUGGAGCGCUGGAAGCAGGAGCGCGAUCAGCGGCGCUCGGCUCAGCCCUGCGAGUGCCUGGUGGUGCGAGUGACCCCCGACCUCGGCGAGAGGAUCGCGCUCAGCGGGGAGAAGAUCCUCAUCGAGGAGAUCUUCCCCGAGACCGGAGACGUCAUGUGCAACUCGGUGAACGCCGGCUGGAACCAGGACCCCACCCACGUCAUCCGAUUCCCUCUCAACGGCUACUGCAGACUCAACUCCGUACAGGUGCUGGAGCGUCUUUUCCAGAAGGGUUUCAGCGUGGCGGCGUCAUGCGGGGGCGGAGUCGACUCCUCCCAGUUCAGCGAGUACGUGUUGUGUCGCGAGGACAGGCGGAGCCAAAACAUGAACACGCCCCUCAGGAUAAAACAGGAGCCGCUGGACUAGAGACACGCGCUCGUCUCACUGACACGGACUGAUCUGCCCUUAAAGACUCAACCCACUCAGUUCCACACACACACACACACACACA